CUCCUAGGGAUUGCUCUCCUUUAGCGCGCGAAGGCGGACCCGGGAAGGAGGGGAGAAACAGACGACACAGGCCGCGCGCGCCCCACCGUGGUCGGCGGGGCAAGUGCUUGGCUCCCUGUUGGAAAGAGACAGUGACAAAUCAAUCGGGUGUCUGGGAAAAGAGCCAGAAGACCUUUGAACGGUGGGUAGUCACUAGCAGCUGAGCACCUGCUCGGCGGAAAACCCCCAAUUUCCAAGAAGUACUUGCAUAAAAAAAGAGAAAGAUUCCGGCCAGAAAGCCGUUGCAGUCCCGUCUGCUCAAGGACAUACGCUUACUCUUCGGAAUGCUGACGAAACCUGUCCCAAAGGUAAAUAUUAGCCCUGAAUUAAGGUUGAGGUUUUUUCACCCAAACACUUCUAGUAGUUCUCAAACUUUUAAGUGCAGAAGAAGCACCUUGGGCGCUUAAAAUUGCACAACGAGUUUGGUUAGAUGGGUCCCAGAGGGACGCCAAGACUGUGCAUUUUUACAAUGUGCGCCAAGUUCAGAAAAGUCCUUGGUAUCUCCCUUGGAGAAACAUUUUUAAAACCUUUACCCUGAAGGCUUGAAACCGAUUCCUACCUUGAAGAACUUCCAGCAAAGAGGGUUUUAAGAAUUGUAAUCAUGCCUCUCAGAGUAAGAACAGUGCAGACAGUGGUUUUCUGGCAGUGUCCUGUUGGGCAAGUCAAUUGACCUUUCUUAGACCUUAGUUCCAGUUUAUGCAAAAAAGAAUUGCUGCCCUACAUUCCCACCUGAAAGCUGAACAAGAUAAUAAAUGUGAAUGGGCAAGGUAUUAUAACCCCAUACCUUCACCUCACUAUUAACCUAUUCCUACCCUGAAACUUGUUACAAUAAGCAGAAUUGGACCCUAUCUUAUUCUUGGUCAUUUCUUUUAGAAAUAACUGGGUUAAGCCAGGACACUUCCCAUCACUAUCCAUGACUAUUCUCUUUUGUGUUAUGCAUCCCUUGAAGUGCUCAAAUUUUGCCUAUCUUGUCCCAGCAUCUAGCUCAGGGCCUCGAACAUAGAAGUUACUCCAUAAAUAUUUGUUGAGCAAAUUAUGAACAAGAACGUGAUCUCAACUUAGGAGGCAGUGCAGGAUCAUCAGUUCUCAAGGAAAAAUAAAACCCAAAACAAGGGUCAUGGGUGAUUUGCGGAAAGCUUUCUUUGGAUUCAGUGUGACAGCCUAGAUUCUCUUGCCUUAGAAGACAUGUUGCUUAAAAAUGUUCCAAGCCAAACUGCAGAUAGUGAGCUUUCUAAGAAGUAUUGGAGGUAGAAGGAGGAAGCAAGAGCAAAAAUGCAGCUGUAAAGAUAUGAGAGGUAAGAGUGGGGGAUCAAGGUGAGCGCAUGGAUAAAAGGGAGAAAACUUGUAAGCUGGAAUUCUAAGAAAUUCAUGUAUUUAUCCAACAAAUUAGGAUGAUGACAUGAGAGUGACCAAAAGGGUAAAGAGGAGCGAUACACUCACUCACUCAGCAAAUUUAUAUUGAAUGCCUACUAGGUACCAGGCACUUCUAAUGGAAAAUUGGUUAAAAGGCAGAUAGUGGCUGCCUACACAGAGCCUACAGUGAAUAGUGGUGCAAUCAUUCAAUUCUUCAACACAAAUUUAUCAAGCACUUACUAGAUCUACCACAUUGCUUUGGCACCAAUGAUACAGCAAAUAAGAAAGACAUAAAAAUUCCUGCCCUUCUGGGGAUGAGACAGAUUACAAAAAGGUAUAGGUAGGGACUUCCGGUUGGUCCAGUGGCUCAGACUCCAUGCUCCUGAAGUAGAGCGCCUGGGUUGAUCCCUGGUGGGGGAACUAGAUCCCACUUGCAGCUAGGAAGAUGGAAGGUCCACCUGCCGCAUCUAAAUCCUGAUGCGGCUAAAUAAAGACGAACAAUGCAACCAGACAGGAGCUUCCAGAGUUUUGCCUCAAGGUACAGGCAGAAUUCUUUCACAUAUGAUGUGAAGCGAGACGUGUACAAUGAGGAAAACUUUCAACAGGAACACAGAAGGAAGACCACUUCCUCUGCGAACGUGGACAUCGACAUCAGCACCGUCAGUCACCAAGUGCAAUGCAGAUGCUCAUGGCACAAGUUCCGAAGAUGCCUGCUUACAGUGUUUCCCUUCCUAGAGUGGAUGUGUUUCUAUCGAUUCAAAGAUUGGCUUCUUGGAGACUUACUUGCUGGUAUAAGUGUUGGCCUUGUGCAAAUUCCCCAAGUCCUGAUGCUUGGUUUGCUGGCAAGGCAUCUGAUUCCUCCCCUCAAUGUCUCUUAUGCAGCUUUCUGUGCUUCAGUAAUUUAUGGAAUUUUUGGAUCAUGUCAUCAAAUGUCCAUUGGUACAUUCUUCCUUGUGAGUGCUCUGACAAUCAAUGUCCUGAGGACAGAGCCAUUCAACAGUGGCCACUUAUUACUGGGAACUUUCAUCCAGAAUGACUUUUCUAACACGUCCUUCUUUGAGAGCUAUAACAAAUCCUUGAGUUCUGUGGCAUCUGUAACUAUGCUGACUGGGAUUAUUCAGCUGUCUAUGGGCAUGUUAGGUUUUGGCUUCAUUGUUACUUACAUUCCGGAGGCUGCCAUCAGUGCUUACCUGGCUGCUACAGCCCUGCACGUUAUGCUGUCCCAGUUGACCUGCAUCUUCGGAGUUAUGAUCAGUUACAAUUCUGGUCCCGUCGCCUUCUUCUACAACAUAAUUAACUACUGUUUAGGUCUUCCUAAAGCUAAUUCCACCAGCAUCUUACUAUUUCUAACCUCUAUUGUUGCUCUGAGAAUCAACAAAUGUAUCAGAAUUUCCUUCAACCAGUACCCCAUUGAAUUUCCCAUGGAAGUUUUUCUGAUUCUUGGCUUCGCUGCAUUUUCAAACAAGGUAAACAUGGCCACAGAAAACAGCGUGAUGAUCAUUGAGAUGAUACCUUAUAGCUUCCUGUUUCCUGUAACGCCAGAUAUGAGCCAUUUUACUGAAAUUCUUGUAGAAUCAUUCUCCUUAGCUUUAGUGAGCUCCUCUUUGCUCAUAUUUCUGGGCAGGAAGAUUGCCAGUUUCCAUAACUAUAACGUCAAUUCCAACCAGGAUUUAAUAGCCAUUGGCCUUUGCAAUGUCGUCAGUUCAUUUUUCAGAUCUUAUGUGUUUACUGGUGCUGUUGCCAGGACCAUUAUCCAGGAUAAAACUGGAGGAAGACAACAGUUUGCAUCUCUGGUAGGCGCAGGCAUCAUGCUGCUCCUGAUGAUGAAGAUGGCACGCUUUUUCUACAAACUGCCAAACGCUAUAGUGGCUGGUAUUAUCCUGAGUAACGUCCUGCCUUACCUUGAAGUUGUUUAUACCCUACCCAGUCUGUGGAAGCAGAGCCAGUAUGACUGUCUCAUUUGGAUGGUGACAUUCUUGUCUGCAAUUUUACUGGGACUGGACAUUGGACUAGUUGUUGCAGUAACUUUUGCCUUCUUCAUCAUCACUGUUCAGUCACACAGAACUAAGAUUCUCCUCCUGGGUCAGAUCCCUAACACCAAUAUUUAUAGAAGCUUCCAAGACUAUCGGGAGGUUACAAACAUUCCAGGGGUGAAGAUCUUCCAGUGCUGCAAUGCCAUCACAUUUGUCAACGUUCACUACCUCAAGCGCAAGGUGUUAGAGGAGAUUGAAAUGGUAAAGGUGCCUCUUACAGAAGAAGAAAUUUAUACCCUGUUCAGUCAAAAUGAAGAGGGCGCACAGCGAAGACGGAUUUGUCGGUGUUACUGCAACUGUGAUGAUCCAGAGCCAUCGCCCAGGGUUAUUUACACCGAACGAUAUGAAGUUCAACGGGGCCGAGACUCCUCCUUCAUUAACCUGAUCCGCUGCUCACGUUUCGAGAGCAUGGACACAGCCCAGACUAUGUCUGAAGACCAAGUACCAUACAUAACAUCUUCCACAUCUCAGAGAAACCCAAACUAUGAGGAGGUGGAGAAAGUUUGGCUUUCUGAUGACCCUUCCAGGAGCAUGACGAUCACACUCCCUGAGGCUUCUGACACUCAGGUCAGGGCUACAAAAGUGCCUUACUCGACUUCAACUAUUCUACCCAGCGUCCACACCAUCAUCUUGGACUUCUCCAUGGUACAUCUUGUGGACGCACAGGCUUUGGUCGUAUUAAGACAGAUGUUCAGUGCUUUCCAAAACGCCAACAUCCUGGUGCUCAUUGCAGGGUGUCACUCUUUUGUGGUCAGGUCCCUCGAGGAGAAUGAUUUCUUCGACACUGGCGUCACUAAGGCCCAGCUGUUCCUCACCCUCCACGACGCUGUGCUGUUUGCUUUGUCGAGGAAGUUGCCGGAGUCCUCCGAGUUAAGUGUGGACGAAUCAGAGACUGUCAUACAGGAAACCUUCUCAGAGACAGACAAGAAAGAAGAAUCAAGACAUAAAACAAGCAGAAGUCUUACAGAAGCCCCCAGAAGUAAAAUUCCAGCCUUCUCCUUACUCCCAGACUCAGAGAUGGAAGAGGAAUCAGACUUGGAUCUGUAUUCCACAGUACAGAUGUCUAAAGACCCUGGGCUGGGUCUGGACCUAGACCUGGAUCAUGAGGUGGAGCCUGAGUCAGAGCUGGAGCCUGAAUCUGAGCUGGAUCAAGAGACAGAGCUUGAGCCUGAGCCAGAGGCCAGUCCCAGGCCGAGUAGGCAGAAGUACUGGUCUCUGUUUAGGGCUAUCAUUCCCAGAUCCCCAACUCAGACUCAGGCUAGGAAACAGUCAGUAGAGAGGAGGCAUCAAAAUGUGAAACCAUACACAUCCAAGGCUGGCACCAGUGAGGAUACCUUGGAGAUGAGCUAGGAGUAAGGCAUCACAUUUCCUUGGCAAAUCCUCCCCACCCAAACAGGGCCACUUGGUCCGGAGAUGCAGGCUAGUUACAAACUAGCAGCACUCGCUUGGCGACUCCUCCACCUGCUGGCCUCCUUCCUUGCUCAGCACUAGGAUCGCACUCCCAGAUCACAAUGCUAACCAACCAAGACUUAUCUCUGAAUUCCUUA